AUGAGCAACUGGCUUAAUCGAAUCCUGUCAGAGCCUGUCUCUGCGCCCGCAGUUCCUAACAGAUUGGACGCCUCGUGGCUACAAAGCCCCUUGACUGCACGUACAGCGGCAAGGCUCAAAGACCCCAAUGCCCCCAACUACCGUUACCAGGUCAAUCAAAAAUGUAUCUACGAGCGGCGACUGCCGGGCGGCUCUUAUAUCACAGCCCACGUCCAGCGCCUUCAGUCUGGCUUCUAUGACAGCCCCGUGAUCCACGAGGGCCGCAUCGACAAUGUCCGCUUCGUGGCCAUCAACUUUGUCUUCCAUCCCAGUUCCAGCACCUAUCGUUUCAAAUCGGCCGAGAUCAACAUCGCUCUUCACCACACCAGCGAGGGUGAUAAGAACCCGCUGCAGGUGGUCGCCGGUCUGGCACCUAGGAGCAGUCACGAUCAUGGCACGCAGACCGAGACGGUGAGCAACGCGCUUGUGAAAAGCCGUGACUGUGUACAUGGUCCGAGGUUCCAGCCUUCACGGCCCAAAUUCCUUCGCCACGCGCCGCAUCUCCUCUACGGGGCCAUCUCCCCGGAGACGUUGAACUGGAACUUCAACCUGGCGGGGUCUCUUGGUGUAUCCCAAGGGCCGGCUAGCGCGAGUUUCAAUCCCUCUUAUGGCGUCAAGAGCAGUUACAAAAUCUACGAGAUGAUGAAGAUCCAAGGCUCCGUCCGGACACUCCGGUCGUGGUAUGGACGCGAAUACGACAUUGAAGACGGCGAGCUGGUCUGGACCCUAGAGGAGAACAAGCUCCAAAAGUCCGGGCUACCGCGGGAGUUCACAUUUGUCAUGCUGCUCACCAAGGGCGGUGGAGGGUUUGAACAGAGUGGCGAUGUCCGGCUCGAACUCGAUGUCCAUCCCAAAGUCGCCGGAAGACUAGGAGCUGCCUAUCCAUCUUUCAUCACAAACCUGCACCAGUAUCAACCUUUCAAGAGGGAAAUACUAGACCUCGACGAAGAGAUCGGACAGGUGUUUGAGCAGCAAAUCAAGGGCAAAGGCUACAACUUUGCCAACAUCGCGAGCAAUUUUGACGAUUUCGUCUGGCUGCCUGGUACCGCAUAUUCGACUUCCGACGGCGGUGUACCUCAGUCGCCAACAGGAGGUAGUGGGCUACAGCAAGGUCCUCCACAGCAGGAGGGACAGCAACAAUCUCAGCAAGGAUCUCGACCCCAUCACCAGCACCCAGAGGUCCAACAACAGCUGCUUUCGUCAGGCGACACAACACUCAACUUGAGAGUGCUUCUGGAAACCUCUCGCGGGAGCCCCGUCCCUUUCUACAACCAGUUCCAGCAGCAACUGCCAUACCUGAGUCUGAAGGUGCCAUCUCAGAAUCCGUCCUCGCGAACACAAUCACCAUUACCUGCUCCUUCCAUUACAGGCUCGCGGAACUCGACCCGUCGAACAAUCACAAUCGGCUCGUCGAGAUCGGUAAGAAAACAGCGCUCGCGCUCUGAGCUUUCGAAAGAAUACAAGUCGUCCCCUACGCAGCCCAAGACAGCAGCAGAACCUCGGCUCUCCUCCUUUGGUCAGGCCGCGUCGAGGCAGCAGAGAACUUCCGCAGCCCCAGUGCGGCGGCCAUUUACAUUCCAGGAGGAGGACGAACUGAAUAAUCAAGACUGCAGCACCCAGAUGUCAUCGCCGGAGGAGCACGUCAUAGUACUGCCGAACAACAGUUCGCCACCAAUAACCCGUCACCCAAGUCCAGAAUUCGCCACGCCGCCUUCACACCCGCAGUCUUAUCCGGACCUGCCAUCUUGA